GGAAAGGGGUCGGCGAUAAAAUGUAUAUAUAAAGAAAUAUUACGAGAUGUUCGUAAUCAACGUGGUCCACAGACGGCUGGACCACAUGUGUCACAUACGAGUCGCAUAAAAUUCGCGCGAAAUAAUCCAACUUUCUUUGGACUGUCGUGGACUUUUGUGUUCUUACUGAAUCUUCGAAUGAAAAAAGUGUGUUCCAUCGUUUCCUGCAAAAUUGCGAAUAAGGGAGCCAAUGUAAAUGAGUUUCUUCUUAUCGGAUUCUUUUUUAUGAUAAAGUGUGCGUGAAAAUAAAAAUCACGAAUGACGAACAAAGAAGCUUGAUAAAUCAACGUCGAUAAGAGGAGUCAUAGUUCUUGAAUGAGAUACAGGUCUAAAAAAAAAUCUACAAAAAGAAAAGUCCUUGGCGUGAAUCACGUGGGCGUUGAACGCGCUUGUGAAAGGAAAAUUUAAGGACCUUCUUCUCUUUUACCUUCAACUCGAUGCUUAAACGUAAGACGGGCAUAGUUAGCGAUCACCUUAUUUGGAUCGACGCAUCGUGCGUACAAACAAGAUCGUUGGACUCGAGUGUCGAGCCAAACACGAGGAAAGUGGACGAGAAACUUGGAUCGAGUUUAUCGUUUGUUCGACAGGCGAAGACUAUUGUCUUAAAAUUUUAGCGAUUUCGCUUUUAAAGAUAAUAAGACGAUAUGGCGCGUCCAAAAAGAUGGAAGAAGUGCAUGUCGGAAAAUUUAUUGACUUUGCUGACGAUAAUCGGCGUGUGUGCCGGCACUCUAGUUGGCUUCAUCUUAAGGAAUAUCGACAAACCGGAGGGAUGGACAUCUCGAGAAAUAAUGUAUAUUCAAUUUCCUGGUGAUCUUUUUCUUAGGAUGCUUAAAGGUCUAAUUUUACCUUUGAUAGUGGCUAGCAUUGUCAGUUCAAUCGGUAGUUUGGAUCUUUCUCUUUCAGGGAAAAUCGGUAUGAGAUCGAUUUAUUAUUAUGGAACUACAACGAUUAGUGCUGUAAUUCUUGGCAUAAUUCUUGUCUCCGUGAUAAGGCCCGGAGAAAUCAGUGGAGAUUCUUUCGACGAUGAAAAUGAUUUAACACCUAUCAGAAAUGUUACUACCACUGAUACGCUAUUAGAUUUAGUCAGGAACGUAUUUCCGCCGAAUCUUGUUCAAGCUUGUAUUAUGCAAUAUCGUACGAUAUUAACGAAGCCUAAAAAUGCGACGGAUGAUACUGCUAUAGAAAAUUGGGAUAUUUCACACGUAUAUACCGAUGGAACCAAUACUCUUGGAUUAGUAGUUUUUGGUAUUGUUUUCGGGAUUACACUCGGUAAAAUGAGAGAAUCUGGAAAAGCUUUGUUGGAUUUCUUUACAGCAUUGUCAGAAGCAACAAUGAUUAUUACCAACUGGGUCAUUUGGAUUUCACCGAUUGGUGUUUUUUUUUUGGUUACUUCAAAGCUUUUAGAAAUUAAAGAUAUAAGUGCCGUCAUUGGUCAAUUAGGAUUAUAUUUUAUGACAGUUUUAUUGGGACUAUUUCUCCAUGGUUUUGGGACUCUGUCUGUUAUAUACUUUAUCUGUACCAAAGAAUUACCUUUCAGAGUUAUUGGAAAAAUGGGACAAGUAUUAGUUACAGCAUUUGGAACAGCUUCAAGUACUGCCACACUGCCAGUUACUCUACAGUGCUUGGAUAAUAUGGGAGCAGAUCCUAGGAUAACAAGGUUUGUUGUACCAAUUGGUGCAACUAUCAAUAUGGAUGGGACUGCAUUGUAUGAAGCAGUUGCAGCUAUAUUUAUUGCUCAAGUUAGAGGCGUAUCAUUGACUCUUAGCAAUAUCAUUGGUGUUAGUGUGACUGCAACGGCUGCAAGUAUAGGUGCAGCUGGUAUACCACAAGCUGGUCUUGUUACAAUGGUUAUGGUAUUAGACACCAUAGGUUUACCCGCCAAGGAUGUCACCCUUAUUAUUGCCGUAGAUUGGCUGUUAGAUCGAUUCCGAACUACGAUUAACGUAAUGUGUGAUGCACUCGGAGCUUGUAUAAUCGAACAUAUGAGCAAAGGAGAACUUGAUGUACCUGCAUUGAAUCAAACAGAAGAUUCUAUUGAACUUGCUCAAUUGCGAAAAGCAGAAGCAUAA